AUGCACAUAUCCUCAUUACCAAUUGUCGAUAUUUCACCAUUCACGGGCGCUAAACCUGUGAGUCACGAAGCGAAACUCGAGACCGCUCGAGCAAUUCACGCGGCAUGUCGAGACUUUGGAUUUUUCUAUUUGAAAGGGCAUAAUAUUCCACAAGACGUUUAUGAGACAGCUUUGCGACUUGGGCAUGAGUUUUUUAAAUUAGAAGAGACGGAGAAAGCGAAACUCGGAAUCGCAAACGAAGACUUUGCAAGAGGUUAUCAACGAUUAGGUGAAAAUGUAACGAGAUAUCAAAAAGAUUGGCACGAGGCACUAGACUUUUACAAGCCAAUCCCACGAACGCACCCACUAGUGAUAAACAAUCAACCCUUACGUGGUGAAAAUCAAUGGCCGACCUGUCCAGCAGAAUUCCGUCCAUUUUUUGAACGGUAUAUUGAAUAUAUGCUUGAUUUGGGUCAAAAAGUGAUGAGUGCUAUUGCGAUGGGAUUAGGACUCGAGGAGAAUUUUUUCGUUCCAUUUCUGGACGAAUCUUUCUGGGUAAUGCGCGUUAUAGGCUACCCGCCUCUUCAAAGCUCUACAGGAAAAGAUGGCAUCGGUGUAAGCUGUGGCGAACAUACUGAUUACGGAUGUUUAACAUUUCUGCUUCAGGACAAUAUAAAAGGUUCUUUACAAGUACAAAUGAAAGAAGGUGGGUGGAUUAACGCUGAUCCAAUACCUGGGACAUAUGUCGUGAAUAUUGGCGAUAUGUUAAAUAUCUGGACGAAUAACAUAUAUCAAAGUACCAUGCACCGAGUAGUUCACAAAGGUGAUACCUAUCGCGUAUCGUGUCCAUUUUUCUAUGAACCAAAUUUUGAGACACUAAUUGAACCACUCCCCCAAUGCCUUAAACUCGAUCCAGUUAAACACCAUGAUCCAGUUGUGUAUGGUGAACAUUUGCUUCGGAAAGUUAUGACCAAUUUUGAAAUUACUGAAAACUAA